UCGAUCGACAUUCGCAUUUCUUUUCCCUUCGCGCGUUCCCCCGCUCGACCGAGGGCGCCGGCCGAGGACGAUGCCGACAAUGUGAGAGCGGCGCACCUGGAGCGUCCGAUCCGCGGUGCGAUGGCGCAGAAAUGGUGACGAAUUUCAGUAUCGAACAUCUGGCCGCUCGUCCUCAGGGACACAUAGACCAGAAGUAAGGAUGGCCUUUCAUUGGGAUAAGCUCUCGCCAGCAGAAUUCCAACAGCUCCAAGAUUUGGCAGCUUAUUCCACGCGGAAACUGCAGGAUGUUCUGACUGAGUUUUGCGGAAGCAACACAACGCCGAGCGGCGUGCCGAAAUAUCAUCCGGAUGGGGACAUCGAUUACGAGGGUUUCCGCAAAUUCCUAAAUUCGUAUCUGGAGAUCGAUACACCCGAUGAACUGUGUCGACAUCUUUUCCUUUCGUUCGUCAAGAAGGACUCGCGCGGGGUGGACGGCAAGGCUUUCAAGGAGAUGGCCGUGCUCUCCUCGACAACCGCCUGCGCUGCAAUUACGUCGCACACGACUUCCAGCAGUAACGUUAAUAGCACCGGCGUACCCGGCGGCACCUCUGCGGACAGCCACGGCGGAUCCUCGCUAGCUGACAAAAUUCACGGUAUCACGGAAAAAUUGCAAGCGCUGGGUCAUCACAGAACCGAGAGCGAGAUCUCCAAAACGCGAACAGGAAGCGUGCACCCGAUGUUAACGAUCACCCAUACGUCGUACAGCUGUCACGAUGUGCUAGAGAAGAAGAGCGCGGACAGCAGCCCAAGUCACAGCCAAAUGUCGCGAAAUUCGUCCAGGAAGUCGAACAAUUCCCUCCUCGUCAACAACGGGAAAUUGGAAGAGAUGAGGCACCUAGUCAGGAAGCAGAGCACAAUAGAUGUCCAGUCCGUUAAAGUCAGCCUCAAAGAUAUCGUUUGUUAUCUCUCCCUUCUGGAAGCCGGCAGACCGGAGGAUAAACUGGAAUUUAUGUUUCGGCUGUACGAUACUGACGGGAACGGCGUCCUUGAUACAAACGAAAUGGACUGCAUUGUAAAUCAGAUGAUGAAUGUCGCGGAGUAUCUCGGCUGGGACGUCUCAGAACUGAAACCGAUCCUGCAGGAUAUGAUGAUAGAGAUUGACUAUGACGCAGAUGGUACGGUAUCGCUGGAAGAAUGGAAGAGAGGCGGCCUUACGACAAUCCCUCUGUUGGUUCUUCUGGGUCUAGACUCCAAUGUGAAAGAAGAUGGGAACCAUCUGUGGAGGCUGAAGCAUUUCAGCAAACCCGCGUACUGUAAUCUCUGUUUAAAUAUGCUGGUUGGUCUCGGCAAGAAAGGUCUCUGUUGUGUCUUUUGCAAAUACACGGUGCACGAGAGAUGUGUGCAAAGAGCGCCAGCUUCCUGUAUAGCCACUUAUGUAAAGAGUAAAAAAACGUCCCAGACAAUGGCUCAUCAUUGGGUCGAAGGUAAUUGUCACGGAAAAUGUUCCAAGUGCAGAAAGACGAUCAAGAGUUACAACGGCAUCACCGGCUUGCAUUGCAGAUGGUGCCAAAUAACAUACUUUCUUGGAUUGUUGCAGUUGCAUAAUAGAUGCGCGUCGCAAGUACGAACGGAAUGUACGUUCGGUGAACACGCGACACACAUCCUUCCACCUACGGCGAUUUGCCCCGUUGUGCUGGACAGACAAAGAUCAUUGUCGAGAGACAGCAAACGAGGUAGCAAGCACGGUCAAGAUAUCUCAUCGUCCAGUUCCGGUGGUUUCCUGAGCUCUGGCACUUCGUCGAAUCAGCAACCAGCCAUGUCCUUUCAAAUUACGCCACCGGAAGGCACGACGCCGCUCUUGGUAUUCAUAAAUCCAAAAUCGGGAGGCCGACAAGGGGAGCGAAUGUUACGGAAAUUUCAAUACAUUCUGAACCCUCGUCAGGUACAUAAUCUAGCGAUCGGCGGACCCAUGCAGGGCUUGCAAAUGUUCAAGGACGUGGAGAAUUUUAAAGUGAUUUGUUGCGGCGGCGAUGGAACAGUCGGCUGGGUUUUAGAGACUAUGGAUCGUGUGCACUUUGAAAAACAUCCUGCCGUUGGCGUUAUACCUCUCGGUACGGGCAAUGAUCUUGCCAGGUGCUUACGGUGGGGUGGUGGUUACGAAGGAGAAGCAGUACACAAAGUGCUUAAGAAAAUAGAGAAGGCGACGCAGGUGAUGAUGGAUCGUUGGCAAAUCGAGGUUUUAGAUCAAAAGGAGGAGAAGAAGACGAACCAAGACAGUAUACCGUACAAUAUCAUUAAUAAUUAUUUUUCGGUGGGCGUCGACGCCGCCAUUUGCGUGAAAUUCCACAUGGAGAGAGAAAAAAAUCCCGAGAAGUUUAACAGCAGAAUGAAGAAUAAACUGUGGUACUUUGAGUAUGCAACCACGGAGCAGUUUGCUGCCAGUUGUAAAAAUCUUCACGAGGAUCUCGAAAUAAUUUGCGACGGUACACCUCUGGAUUUGGCGCACGGGCCAUCUCUGCAAGGAGUCGCACUGCUGAACAUUCCUUUCACUCACGGAGGCUCGAAUCUUUGGGGUGAGCAUCAUACGCGGCAUCGUCUCGGCAAACGAAAAAAGCGGCCCGACAAAGAGCUUAGUACCAGUAGCUUCAAUUCCGUGGAUCUCACAGCCGCGAUUCAGGACAUCGGGGACAAUCUCAUCGAAGUGAUUGGCUUGGAGAAUUGCCUGCACAUGGGACAGGUGAAGACCGGGCUUCGACAUUCCGGUAGAAGAUUGGCCCAAUGCAGCAGCGUCAUCAUCAUCACGAGCAAACGAUUCCCUAUGCAAAUCGACGGGGAGCCUUGGAUGCAAGGUCCUUGUACGAUUCGCAUCACGCAUAAGAAUCAAGUACCAAUGCUAAUGGCACCGCCGCCGGAUAAGAGCAAAGGCUUCUUCCGGUUCCUGAAGAGGUGAACACAGCAGCUUUACGCUUUUCCCCCGAAGGAGGAUGUGGAUAUUAUCGUGUGAACAAAUUCUACCCAGUCUCGUCAUCCGUCAUCCGGCACGUUUAUUCCUCUUUAUUGGCGGAAAUAUAUCGAUUCCAUCGUACGUAGUCGCAGCUUCGGUAUUCGUCUAAACGCGAAGAAUGCGAGAACGUGAGAAAAGCGCGCCUUCUAGGUAUUCUUCUGUACAGUAUUUUUCAAAGUAAGCGGAACUUCAUGUCCUAGCCUUAGAGAUACGCCAAGCGGUAGGCUCGACCGUCUUUAAGCCUCUUUACGCUAGAGAAAUUCUCGAUCGUUUUUCUACCUUCAACUGAUAAACUAAGAAUACCGAGCGGGAAUGUACCUAUAUCAAGUCUCGCCGUGCGAUAUGUCACGGCAACUCUGCCGCUUAAAUUGUAACGUAAUGCCUCUCAGUUGCGCCUCAGAGUCCAUAAGAUUUCAUUUGCGGAUUCACGAUUAAAGUCAUCCUCCGGAUGACUAGCUUCGGGGCGGGCUCGUUUGCGAAAAUGUCGUCUGUCCAAUCAUCAAGGAUAUCAAGCUAUUAUACUUCGCGCAGGCACCAAUCGCUCAGCGGAGAGCUUCCGUGUUCCGAGUUCUGAGUCUACCGCUUCUCGCACAUGUGCAGAUCGAUUAGCGCAUGUAUUUACACGGCAAAUAGGCAGCAUAUGCGACACACGGCGAGUCGUGUGCGGCGUCGUGCAAACGAGAGUGGAGUUGUAAUAACCGCUUCAAUAACUUAGCACGGAUGUGGAUGUGGAUGUGGAUGUGGUUCUUCCAAGAUCUAUCGCCGAACACUUAGCGAACUCCUUAGCGUAGAAACGCGUUGAGCAAACAGAUGGGACUGGACUGGUCGACACUUUCGCUUGUGAUACGUGAUAUAUUCCUAAUUCUGAUUCUCCUUUGCACGAAUCCGUCCGUUAAUCACGAGUCUCUUACAUACAUACUUUCCUCCAUUAACUCUAGAUUUUUUGUACCAAAGCUUAGUCGUAAACGCUUAGACAUAAAUUGUGACUCGUUUAUUUAUUAUUUAUUUAUUUAUCUUUUGUAUAUCUUUAUGAGUCGGAGCAAUAUAUCGUAAGCAUAUCAACGAGCGAGUACGAUUGCGUAUACAGCACGUUGUAAUACAUUUAAUUGUUAAAAUCACGAAUUAUAUCUGCAAUCAAUCAAUGACUAUUUUAUCCUACGCGGAUUAUAAUCGUCGAUAUAAAUAUAUGUAACUUGCGUCUUUACGACAUAAUUGUUACGUUUAUUAUUGUAAUUGUUACUUUUUACGUACAACAUGCGUAAUAAUCGUUAUUACGUAUCUCGACUAUCUCUGCAUUUCGUGCUCGCGGACAGAGUUGUUAUUAAAUUUCUUAUAAAUUCGUUAAUAUAUAUUCUCUUACGUGUAUAUAGAUAUAUAUAUAUGAGCGCUUGUAUUCUACACGCCGUAUUUUAUCGGUAGCCCUACGAUGAUUUGAUUAACGGGUGCUUCGAAACGCUUUCUCUCUUUCUGGCUGUCGUUACUCCGGUUGAAGCUUUGUAUUGCCAAUGACGAUCGAUUCUACAUAAUUUCUUAAGAUUUCCGUAAAUGCGUAAGAAAGGGCCAUAGCUAAUGUAGCCGUUAUAAGUGUAUCGUCUAUUUAUAAUCAUAUAAAUUCUAUUUCCAUUUACUUGUUCGACACGUUUCGUUAAUAUGAAACUUGAGGUAUCAAUUUUUUCAAUCUAAACGUAGCGAAACCGAAUACUUUAUGCUUUUGUAUAAUUAUAUAUAUAUAUAUAUGCAACCAAAGGAAUAAUAUAUACGAAUACAAUUUAAAAUCCCGCAGGGACCAUCUCGAUAUAAACGCAUGUAAUGAUAAAGAUGCUCUUUAAAUUUUCAUAUCUUCGUGCAGAUUGAGAUUUUAAUCGUUUGUAAUAAUAUCUGUCAUUUUCACAGCAUCCUCCAACGUCACUGUUUAGAUUUCAUUGCGUCUAAUGCGCGAAUCGAUAGGUCAAAUAGAUUCAGGAACAAUACGCGUCGCGCGAUUGAUUUCAAGACAAAGUACCAAACGGAAAAAUAGCACAGUCCAGAUUUACGAUUUACUUCAAAGUACAACGUUACCUCCGCAAGGUAGAUGGUUUAGCUUCUCUUCAUGCACCGAUCGUUUACCGAUCGUCAUUGUUUUUUUACCAAUUGCAAUUGCGUAUGACUUCCAUAACGAUUAACGCGGUCGAUAUAGUCACUAGAGAAAUCAAAGUACUACGCUUACAAAUAAAACUUGUAACCUCUUGACAAAGAGUCUUAAUUUUCGAGUCGUCACAGUCGUUUACUAGCGCUCGAGUUCUAGAGGAACGAGAAACGACGAGGGUGUGAAAAGUUGGACGCGUGGGCGGGCGUCUAUCCUUGUGAUCCUGCGUCCCUUCAAUCUGUGAAUACUAAAUGGCACAAUAACGACGAUAUCGUUUUUCUAUUGGAUUGGCGCAGUGUCUCAGUGUGCUUUGUCAUUGUAUAACAUUAUGUGAUGCGGAAAGACCCAAAAAAAUACUCGUCAUGCGGCAGUACGCAGACAGAAGGAAUAUGCGAGGCAAGCGAUGAGGACUUUUCGCACACUUUCAGCUUCGUGGUAACGUGCGAGCGUAACUGCGACGAUCACUGAUUUCCGAGAAAAAAAAAAAAA